CGAAGACACUGCUAUAUUGCUGACUUGUUUCGUUGCAAAAGAGUUCCCAGCCACGUCAACUUCAUCCGUGGCAGUAAAGUUCAAGCAUUCAUCGGAUCCAGAAUUUAACAGGUGAAACAGUAUAGUAACCCCUUUUAAAUGGCCCAACCUUUGCCGAAACACCCCACAAGACAUUGAAAGGUGCUUGUAUGUGGAGUUUAUCAUGUCAACUUGUUGAUGUGUUGCCAAUGACCCGUGCUCCUAUCCAGAAAAUGGAGGCUGAUAAUUGCCCUGCUGGAAACAAGGUGGAACAAACAGUUUCCUCACCUCAACAGGAGAACACUGCUUGUGGUGGACCUGCUGUAGGUGAUCCAGACAGUCAAAGCCAGUCACCUAAAGCUGCCGCCAAGGUUUCCCACCCUGAAUCAGAGGAUCUGGACUCCUUUAACCUGAUAGAGCCCCCUCCUCUGGACUGGAGGUCAGAUGACUCUAGUGAAGCAGGGUCAGUGGAAGAGAUGGAUGACCCCAGCUUUCCUCCCUCCUCGGUCCCUGUGGACAGUCCAGAGGAUGUACUAGGUGAGUCCCUAUCUGCCGCGGAUGGAGUAGGUGAGUCCCUACCUCUCUUGGACACCAGUGACACUGUAGCUUUACCUGUGGUAGUUAGCCAGGAGGAGCUAAUCAACUUUGCUCCUGAGGAUAGAACCCCAACUGAACGGGUCCUGGAUCCUUGCGAAAAGGAAAGAGUGGUGGAGGAAGAGAAGAAGGUUGAGGUCUGGAGACCAGGUGACGAAGACCACACUCGGAUCCACCACCUGUUGAACCGACUCCAAGUCAUCAGAGAAAGCCCUCUCCCCAGGGACUCAACCGCUGACCCUACACCAUCAGCGUUCUCUGAGUCCUCGGACUUUGACCCUCCAGGCCCAUCUCUGUUGACUGACGUCAGCCCUUUCCUACCAGAGCAGAACCUGAACCAGGCCUCGGGGCUGCUGUUCUCUGAGAGUCAACAGAGAGACCUAUUAGGGCUGCUGGGGUGUACAGAGAUAGGGGUUCCCCAGCCCAGUCCCUCUGAUACCCAGGUUCCUCCUUACAUGGCCCGGAGAGAGGAGAUGGAUGCGGUGGUGUCUGUCUCCUACAACCAGGAGGAUGGGGAGAGGUUCUGGGACCACUUUGGGAACAGCGGGCGGCUACGCCACAGAGAUGACUCCGUGGACUCUAUCCCUGAGGAUGAGGUCCCAGAGCCUGUGUGGAGGAAGUUAGGGGAGGAGGCUCCAGAGGAGGUCAACGAUGCAGAGAACAGUGAGCGGGGCACAGAGGACCACCCAGCCUAUAAAGAUGUGCCUGGCCCCUGUGACCCAGAUGACCUCCUGGAGGGGGUCAUAUUUGGGGCCAAGUACCUGGGCUCCACCCAGCUCAAGUCUGACAAGAACCCUUCCACCAACGCCCGAAUGAAACAGGCCCAAGAGGCUGUGGACAGGAUCAAAGCCCCAGAGGGAGAGUCUCAGCCUAUGACUGAGGUGGAUCUCUUCAUCUCCACUCAGCGCAUCAAAGUCCUCAGCGCAGACACACAGGAGGCCAUGAUGGACCACCCUCUCCAGAUGAUCUCCUACAUCGCAGACAUCGGCAGCAUCGUGGUCCUGAUGGCCCGCAGGAAGCCGGCCGUGGGCCAUAAAAGCCAGGAGGGGAACCCCACCGGGGCCAACUCCCCCGGGCCACAGAAAAAGUGCUGCAUGAUCUGCCAUGUGUUUAACUCCGAUGAUGCCCAGGUGAUCGCUCAGGCGAUUGGCCAGGCCUUCGGUGUGGCUUACCAGCAGUUCCUCCACGCCAACGGCAUUAAGGCCAGCGAGCUAAAGCCCAGCGAGUACAGUGACUACUUGGGCACACAGGAGCUCUACAACGGAGACCUGGUGCACUUCUCUGAUUCAGAUAACAUCAGAGAGGUGUCCAUCUCCAAGGCUCCCGGGGAGAUAGUGGGGGUGGCGGUGGUGGAGUCGGGCUGGGGGUCCAUCCUGCCCACGGUGGUGGUGGCCAACCUGCUCCACGGUGGCCCUGCAGAGCGCUGCGGGGCCCUCAGCAUUGGAGACCGCAUCAUGUCCGUCAAUAGCACCAGCCUAGUGGGCCUCCCUAUAACCACCUGCCAGAGUAUCAUACGGGAUUUGAAAAACCAAGCCGAGGUGAAGCUCAGUAUUGUCCACUGCCCUCCCGUCACCAUGGCUAUAAUCAAGCGACCGGACCCAAAAUUUCAGUUGGGCUUCAGUGUGGAGGACGGCAUUAUCUGCAGUCUGAUGCGUGGAGGGAUUGCGGAGAGAGGUGGCAUCCGGGUUGGACACCGCAUCAUUGAAAUCAACGGGCAGAGUGUGGUAGCCACUCCUCACGAGAAGAUCAUCCACAUUUUGACUAACGCAGUCGGGGAGAUUCACUUGAAGACAAUGCCAGCCUCUACAUAUCGCCUUCUAACGGGACAAGAUACGCCAGUAUUUCUCUGAGAGAACGGAGAAGAGUGCUGCUGCGCUCACAAGCAAACGAGCUGUACGCAAGCCAUUUUCCAACUAUACGCAAGCCAUUUUACAACUAUACACAGGCCAUUUUCCAACUAUACACAGGCCAUUUUCCAACUAUACACAUGCUCACUCGCAGCCUCAUACGAUUUUUUUUCUCCCCAUAUACAAUUGUACUGUAUCAGCUGGCUAUUGAUACACAUAAAGGGGUUCUCCACCUGUACAGAAUAUUUGAUGUAUGUAUGUUGGAAUUACAUGAUGCAGCACAUUAGAUUUUUUAAAAUAAAACUCAGUUUAUAUUUAUGAGAUGUUUUAAAGCAAAUGAUAACUAAGAUUGGCAAUAGGAAAGUGAGGUUAUUUUUCGACUAUACUAAGUAUCUUAACAGGAACAGCAUGAGUACGUGUAAUUAUUGUCUUCCACCACCGCUCUUUAGUUGCAGAUGUGCCUCCGUUGAACUUGAGUUAAUGGAGAAAAGCCUUAAGGAAGACAUCUCUUGUUGUUUCGUGCUUCCCGCCUCAUUCUAUUUUGGUAUUUUAUUAGGGUCCCCAUUAGCUGUUGCAAAAGCAGCAGCUACUUUUCCUGGGGUCCACACAAAACAUGAAACAUAAUACAGAACAUCAUUA